CAAAUGAAGAAACACAUUUAUAUCAUGCAGGAAUCCAGGCAGAUGUGUUGCCUGCGCCAGUUUGAGGGGACGAGAAUGACAGCUCGAGUUCUGAUGUGAACAUCCACAAGUCAAUUACACAUUUUUACAAUUUCACCAGACUGACAGGUUUCACACACCCGGCCCUGGCCCAAAUCUGAAGAAGAUUUGCAUGAUGGAGAAGGAGACAUCAGAAGGAGAACAUCAGAAGGAGUCUGAUCAAGACCGGAAAGAGCUUGAGAAGAAGCUCCAGGAUGUCGGGAUCGAUCCACACAUCUGGCUACCGAGACUGCGGGGGCAUCUUAACAUUACCAGAGCACAAGCUUUACAAUACGUGGGCUUCAAGGACUAUCAGAAAUUACAACAUUACUGUGAGCAUGAAUGGGAAAAAGAGGCCCUCCAAAAACUCCUCAAUAUACAAGAGAAGGAGUCUCAGUCAAAAAAGAGGCGGGAUGAUCAGUCAAAACAGUCAAAAAAGUUGCAGGAUGAGUGGUCCGAGGCAUUUAAAAAGAGACAGCAGGAGGCCAGGUCUGCACUCAAUGAGCUUCAACAUAUGCAAGAAAAAGGAAGAAAUCGUAAUGAUGACAUUGUGAAGGAAAAAGAAGAGCAGCUUCAGCUGGCCUUACAGGUACCCAAAGAAUACUGGAUGCAUUCUGGGGUACCGCUUCAGGAUCUGAUAAAGAACAUGCAUAACCAGUUAGACCUUGCAGAUUGUUCAGUGUUAAAAAGAGAUCAUCUAUCUGAUGAAGAGGUUUUGAAGUGUGCUUCAGGAGGACUUGCUUUGGAGGGGAUUUACAAAUCUAAUCAACUGGAGGAUGCUAUGGUGAAACGAGAGCGCCUUCUGGAUGUCCCUGAGUCUUUCUCUUUCUCCGGCCCUGAACAGAUGCCUCUGCUCAAUCAACAAGACGUUUCUUCCCGUGAAGCAGAAUCUACUUUUAGGAAAGCCAUGGAAAAUCCCGGGAUAGACUUUUAUUUUCUGAGAAGACAAUCAGCCGGGUAA